CAUCAUCGUCACCUUCAUCCCCACCAUCACCAUCGUCGCCAUCCGCCGCCAUGGCGAGGCCACGCCGCGGCCCUAGAUAAGGUGGGCUCGGCCUCUCCGCAGCGCACCCCGCCGAGCGCAGGAUACCUGUGGUCUCUCAUAUGCGGCAAGACCUCUAGCAGAGCGGUGGAAAGAUGGGUGUGAAAACCUUCACUCACAACUCCCCUGCGCACAGCCAGGAGAUGCUGGGCAAGCUCAACAUGCUCCGCAACGACGGCCACUUCUGCGACAUCACCAUCCGCGUGCAGGACAAGAUCUUCCGGGCUCACAAGGUGGUUUUGGCAGCCUGCAGUGACUUCUUCCGCUCCAAACUCGUUGGCCAAGCAGAAGAUGAGAGCAAGAGUGUGUUAGACCUGCACCACGUGACGGUGACUGGAUUUAUCCCUCUCCUGGAAUACGCUUACACGGCAACGCUGUCUAUUAACACGGAAAACAUCAUCGACGUGCUGGCUGCAGCCAGCUACAUGCAGAUGUUCAGCGUGGCUAGCACGUGCUCGGAGUUCAUGAAGUCCAGCAUCCUCUGGAACACUCCCAACAGCCAGCAGGAGAAGGUGCUGGAUGCGGGGCAGGAGAACAGUGCAAACUGCAAUUUCACCUCUCGGGAUGGAAGCCUUUCUCCUGUGUCCUCCGAGUGCAGCGUGGUGGAAAGGACCAUCCCUGUGUGCCGCGAGUCGCGGAGGAAGCGCAAAAGCUACAUCGUGAUGUCCCCAGAGAGCCCCAUUAAGUGUAACACACAAACAAGUUCCCCCCAAGUGCUGAAUCCUUCAACUUCUUACCCGGAGUCCAGAAAUCAGCCCGUGGACUCAUCCCUAGCUUUUCCCUGGACUUUUCCUUUUGGAAUUGAUCGAAGACUCCAGUCUGAGAAGGUGAAGCAGGCGGAGAACUCGAGGACUUUGGAAAUGCCUGGGCCCUCUGAGGCCAACAGGAGGAUUACAGAUUAUGUGACUUGUGAGAGCACAAAAGCCAGUUCUCCCCUGGUCAUUGAGGAAGACGUACGUGUCAAAGUGGAAAGGUUAAGUGAUGAGGAGGUUCAUGAGGAAGUAUCACAGCCUGUUAGCGCGUCCCAGAGCUCCCUAAGCGAUCAACAGACAGUCCCAGGAAGUGAACAAGUGCAGGAGGAUCUUCUGAUCAGCCCACAGUCUUCCUCUAUAGGCUCAAUAGAUGAGGGCGUCACGGAGGGACUACCCACACUCCAAAGCACCUCUGGCACUAACGCUCACGCAGAUGAUGAUGAUCGUUUGGAGAACGUUCAGUAUCCCUACCAACUCUACAUUGCUCCUUCUACCAGCAGCACAGAGAGACCCAGCCCCAAUGGUCCAGACAGACCUUUUCAGUGUCCAACCUGCGGGGUCCGCUUCACUCGCAUUCAGAACUUAAAACAACACAUGCUUAUCCACUCAGGCAUUAAACCCUUUCAGUGUGACCGCUGUGGGAAAAAGUUCACCCGCGCUUACUCGCUCAAGAUGCAUCGCCUGAAGCACGAAGGUAAACGCUGUUUCCGGUGCCAGAUAUGUAGUGCCACUUUCACUUCCUUCGGGGAAUAUAAACACCACAUGCGGGUUUCCCGGCACAUUAUCCGCAAGCCUCGGAUUUACGAGUGCAAAACAUGUGGCGCCAUGUUCACCAACUCUGGGAAUUUAAUCGUUCACCUGAGGAGCUUGAACCAUGAAGCGUCAGAGCUAGCAAACUACUUCCAGAGCAGUGACUUCCUAGUACCGGACUACUUAAACCAGGAACAAGAAGAGACCCUCGGGCAGUAUGAGCUAGGGGAGCAUGGCUUUGAAAGCAACUCUUCUGUCCAAAUGCCUGUCAUUUCACAGGUGUCAUCAACUCAGAAUUGUGAAAGCACUUUCCCCUUGGGGUCUCUGGGUGGGUUGGCAGAGAAGGAAGAAGAUGUGCCAGAGCAGCCAAAGACUAACGCCACUGCUGAGGCAGCCGCAGGUGACCCUCCGAAACAGGAGCUGUCAUCCAUUACUAUUGAAUAAGUCAUGGUUUGGUUUCAUUUUUGUUCUUUGGAAAGUGCCUGUGUUUGGUCCUGUACAUUUUAAUUUAAUUUUUGGGUUUGUUUUUAAGAGAAGUGGGGAGAUUUUCCCUUUUUCCUUUGUAAGCUACGCUUUAAACCGAAAACUGCUCCAGAUGUUACGGUAUUUGUCAUGACUGAACGCUCACUUCUGUGAAUAAGACUGAUUGCACAAAAAAGGAUCCUGUCAGAACACCAUGGAAGCUGUGAGACACCUCUAAAGAAGAACAACCGAUUCAGAUCACUUUAUCUCUUCUUCCACAGUUAGAGCAGCUCAUUGCGUUUGUCUUGCUUCUGCAGACCCUCUGGUGAAGGGAAAGGAAUCAGAGGAAGCCUUUUUAAAAUGACAAGCAUUGGGAAGCGUUCCUGAAUGGUUCUAACUAGUUUUGAGUGGAUGCUUUAAUCUCCUGCAUAAAAAAUGACACUUCCUAGCUCUGUGCCUGCUGGUUGUCAAAGCACUUACUGUAACCCUUCUCUUGGAAGCAGUAAGCAGUUUUGAAGCUCACAGCCACGCACAUUGUCCCUUUUCCAUCUCAAAACGAAUCAGUUUUGACAAACCCGGUGAUGUCAUGCCAGGUAUUCCUCCUUCUGAUAUCCCAGGCCUUUCAGCAACUGCUUGAUCAAACCACAUUUGCCCAUCUAAGGUUAGCAUAAUGGUGAGGAAUGAAUUGAGGCUGGAAAAAUACACAUCCAUGCAAGCCUGACAAGUAUCUUGUGAGUGUAUGUCCCUGUAGAAGGGGAACCAUGUGUGAAAAUGAAGGUUUUCCCAAUAAAUUCUUCAAAAUCAUGGCCAGAUUGUCCUCAGGAAGAGCAUUCCUUCAUGAGGAAGGGAAGUUCUGGUCGCUUCCCCCUGUACUUUUGACUGAUCUAACUAGAGGGAGUUUAUAGCUAGGGAGAAAUGAGCUCUCUUGUGCAUUGUUGCACAUCUUCUGUUUAUCCAUAUGCAUGUAUAGCUUCUGAGAGGUUUAUCAGGCUUGUUUUGAACAAAACAAGCAGUUUAUUCUCUUUAGAGGCCGACUUUCUAACCCAACAGGGGGUUGUUUACAAAAAGCCUAUAGAGCAAUGAUGAACUGUUCCUGUUUCCAGGCGUUUGAAAUCCUUGCCAAGUGGGUUUAGUACAGGCCAUGACUCCAGCUCCGCACCCAGCUCAAGUAAGCAAUAAAUGGAAAGGUUUGCCAUUUCAUUUAUUUCCAUUGGUAGGAAAAGCUGCAAUUUGAGGCUGGGGGCUUUUCAGAGCAGGGAGGUUUGCUUUGGUGAGGCUCUAGAGCUGCUUUGAAAGCAAAAUCCAACAGGAGGUUGGUGGUUUUCCUUACUGCUUCUGAAGGGAACUCAAGUGUUGGAUGCCAAAAUGCCUACCACUAAGUAUUCCAAAGGCAUGACAUACUCCCUUCGUUUCGAAUCAUGUGUUCUCUCUGGGUUUGGUUUGCACAGACAUGAGGAGGAAAUGAAAUGGAUGGAGAAAGGUUGCCCCUGACAAAACAGAAGGCACAAAAAUCAUGUUCUAUUGCAAGAUAGCUUUGUACUCUGUUAGCUUAGGCAGCUCUGAUACUCUGUGGCCCCGAGCUGGUUCUACUAAUAGCCAACCUGGGUAAGGAAGAAGGUUUAUUGCCCUUUGGAACGAGCUUAAAGGGUUUCAGUGACUUCAGCAAUCUUCCUCUGCUGUGUUUUAGGUAAAACCCACACAUUUUAGUUAAACAGAGCAAAACCAGUUGGGUUUUAAGUCCUUUCCAAGUUACUGGAAUGAAGUUUCUGCACCAAAGGGUGUUUUAGGAACAUGCUGCAAAGUUCUCUGCUACAAUCCAGUCGUGUGUGUCUACCUUUGUAAGUCUUCUUAAAAGGGCUUGUAGGAGAAACUCUCUUUUGGGGAUGCUGCACUGUGUCUGUUGAUGGGAUGAAUUGAAGACCAGUUCUCUUCUUCCACUUCCAAUUCCUGUCAUUGAGAAACCAAUGCCUUUUGCUGAGUUUUAUCCUGAAUUAUAGGGCUAUGACACUGAUCUCAAAUACAUCAUUUCUUUUUGUCUGAUACGUGUUACUCCACUUUGCAGGUCUAUGAGAAUCCUUUGUGGUUCCUCUGGUAGAAAGUACUUCACACACAAAUGCAUUUCCAGCCUGCACAGAGGCCAGAAUCAAAGGUGGACAUCAUCUUCUGUCAGAAUCUGGUAAUUUCACCCUUUAGGUGCUUUGCUAAACAGGGUGAGGAGUUGCACAACUACAGCAUGGACAUACUUGGAUUAAACUUGUAUCAGAAGGCAAACUGCUUUCCCAAUACCAAAGAGAAGGGGAGGGGGGGAAGACUUUGUAGCUCUAACAUGUUCUUCCUUGAAAAGCAUCAUUAACUGCUAACACCUUGGCACAAGGCAAGCCAUGGGUUUCGCUGUUCAUUGCACUGAGUUAUCAUAGCAUCCCAGACUGGGCUGGGCUGGAAGGGACCUUAAAGCUCAUCCAGUUCCAAGCCCUGCCACAGGCAGGGACACCUUCCAAUAGAGCAGCUUGCUCCAAGCCCCUGUGUCCAACCUGGCAUUAUCUUUUCAACCCUGUAGUCUCAGUGUAACAUCUUAAUUCUCACUUUUCAGUCUGAUUCAACUGCAGGAACAAGAGAGUUUAUUUGGUUUGCUUGGUUUAGGCUUGGGUUCACUUGUCUGUAUUCCCGUGUGUAAUUGUUUCUUGUCAACAGCUCUUUUCUCCAUUGGAGCAACCAUACAUGAAAUACAAAUAUCACUUUAUUUCUCCUCCCUAACUUGUUGGAAGUGCUCAGUUCUUUGAAAUGCUGGUGUUCUUCACAGGACAGAUGUAAAACAUAGGACGUCUUAAACCAGUCCCUGUUUCUAAUAUGCUUAGAUUCCAAAUUGGGCGAGAUGGAGAUCUCACUAAGCUGGAAGAAACUUGCCUUAAAAUACACUUGGGUUUAAACCUAAAGCUUAAAUUUCUUUCAGUCCAUUAUCAGAGGGAGUUGAACUCUGGGCUGCAUUUUCUUCUUUUCUCUCUCUUCUUUUUCUUCUUUCCCUUUUGUUCUUUCUCUUAUUUUCUGCUUAUUUUUUUUCUGGGUUUUUUCCCCUUUUUUCUUCCCCCUCAGAAAAAAACCCAACCAUUAUUUGAAAUGCAUUUAUAUUGCUGCUUGACAGGGAUCCCUGAAUGCCACAAGCGUUGAACUGGAAGGGACUUGGAGGUGAUCUUCAAUCACUGCACUCCAGACAGAGUCAGCACAAGAGGUUGCUCGGUCCAGGCAGAGAAACAUCAGCCAAGGUGGAUGCUCCCCAGCUUCUGUGGGGAGCCUGUUCCUGUGUCUGGCCACCCUCACCCUCAAAAGGGGUCAGCAUCUUUAGGUGGCAUUGCUUGUAUUGCAAUCUGUGCCCACUGAGAAAGGGCUGGCUCCAUCUUUGUCCCUUCCCAUCCAUUGGUUCUGACCACUGCUAAGACAGACAAACCAGAUCACUCUCAGCCUCUAUCCCUCCAAUCCCUUCAUCUUUAAGUUACAAGUGAUUUAGUCCCAAAUAGCUCCACAUCUGACCUGUUGCAUAUUUCUUUGUCAUUGAGUUGUCUCCAAAUCCAUCCACAAUGUGAUUUCUGUCCUGCUUUUGUGUGUCCUUCUCCCACGUGGCACCAGUCUUUGCACUCGGUAGCAAACCCUUUCCUCCCCUGUUCAUUUUGCAAGCAGAGUGCCUUCACUACCACAGAACUAGCCAGGGACCUGGAUCCUCGGAGUCUGUGCAGGGUCUUUACUCCUUGUGUAUCAUGUAGAGCAGUACAUCUGAUGGGAACAACGGGAAAGGAAGGGAUUGGCUUUGUUCCUGAUUUAAUGUGGUGUUUUGGGAGAGGGGGAAAACUGAGCAGCUUUUUAUUUCCCCACAAAGAGUGGAAGAAAAAGAAGUGAUGUUUUAACUGUGCAAGAGGUUUGGCUGAGUCGGGAGGGUUUGGUUUGGUUUUCCAUGCAGAGACUGGAAAUCCAUAGGGACACCUACACUUGUAGCCACUGAAGCUCCUGGUCAGAACUGCUUUUGUCACUGUUAACACUGCAUUAAACGAGACGUGUGUUGGAGUUUGAGUUCAGUUGUCAGGCUCGCAGAUACUAUGGUCAAGUCUCUCAUAGUGAGAGAUUAGUAAACUUAAUGGGAAAUGGUUCUGGGUUCACAUGUAUCUUGAGUCUAAAAGGUGUGAAUUUAGGCUUUUUAAAAGAAGUAAUAGCUGCCAAUGCAGUCAAAUAUAUUUUGUAAGACUAUGAUCCCUAUAUGUCCCUUCUGGGAUAAAAUGUUACUGUUUUUAAGCUAUGGUUUCAAGUUUUUAUAUGAGGGCUUCAGUCGUUUCUUGGUUGCUGGCUUUCCCCUCCAGCCCCAGGACAUAAGAGCACUGAGACUAUUACUGGUCUCUCUCUGAGAGGAACCAGGAAGCAUUCUAUAUGCAAAUAGAAGGGGAGCUUUGUGCACCCUGCAGGGAUGGAGAAACUGGGGCUGUAGGAGCGCCCGUUGCUCCUGCGUCCAUUGCAACUUCCACACCAUCAGAGUAUGGGAAAAUAGCUAAUGUUCAUUCAGAUCCAUUAAGUUGGAGUUUUGCUUCCGAGGUGAACCCCAGUUUUGGAGGGUUCUCAUCUCCAGUUAUGGACAUCAUAAAUUCCAUAGCAUCUCGAUGGCAGAUAAGAGGGUUCAAGGCCAGAUGGAACCUCAGCCCCAUCCGAGGUCCCUAAGAAAUGGAGUCAGUUCCAAGUAUUGGAGGAAACGUACCAUAAAAGAACCAAAUGUGAAUUCCUUUAAUGCAACAGUGCUACUGCUCUGGGUUUUUGUUAACUCAAUGUGUGCUAUCACAGUAAUUCAGUGUCCCACAGGUCUCAGCUACAACCCUGGUUGCACUAACAACAAAAUGAAGCCAACUGAGCUCCUGGUGCUGUGUGGCAACUGUUAACCUACAGUCUUCCUGAGGGUUGUUGAAGUCCCCAGAGGAGUGAUGUUGUUUCACCAUUCCUUUAGCUGAUGCAUGCUUUUGAUAUCCUGACCUAUAGCCCUGGCUACACCAAGUCCUUGGACAGCUUCUUCGCCCUGUUCCCGCAGUGCCUUCACUUUAAGGUGCUGCCCUAUGGUGAAACCCCGACGAGGGAAAAGAGGGAAAACAAAAAUGUGAAUUAAAUUAUUGUUGGGCUUCUUUGUGCAUUUUAGUACCAGUGAAACCCCCUUUAACUUGUGCCAGUCUCCGGUCACCAGCCGUAUAUCCCGUUGUCAUCUCAUCCCCAGUACAGCUUCUCUUGUUGAUGCUGGCCACAGCUAGAUUACUUGGCAUGUUUAUUGACUUCCCCGAGUUGGGUUUUUUUUGGGUUUGGUUUAUGUUUUUUAAUGUAUACGAUGUUUAAAUACACUUCACAUUUUAUAGACUCCUAUCUGGCUAUUAGUAUUUUUCAGGAACCAUAGUUCUUGGUGGCUAUAUCUAUUUUUGUGACUUCUUUUGUAAACCAAGUGCCGUUUCAACGUUAAAAUCAUUUUUAGAGUUCUUGUAACCAAUGUGAAUAUCAUGGGUUUUCCAAUCUGUUCUGAGCCUGUAGUGUUUGCUUUGUGAUCAUCUGUGUCAUGUAUAUAUUCUGUAUAGUUACAUUGUAUUGAAAUACUAGCUUGUUUGAUAUAAGAAAAGUAUGUAUUGGGUACCUUUUUGCUAGCCUGGUUGUUUAAUCUUUAAAAAAAAAUGGUCUAAAAUACAAAAAAAAAGCCAAACUGGUCCCAUUAUAGGUCAAAAUUAAGGGGGGAGAAAAACUAGUUUUGAGUGUCUUUGGAUAGAAACAUGAAGCUAAGAUUUUUCAUUAAAAUAUUAAUGUUUUAUGGAGUA